AACAACGUGUAAACUACUGUUAACCACGUUGAUAUACAAUAUGGAAAGUCUUGCUCAACGUCCAACGGUUGCUGAAAUCCUUGCACAUCCGUCGUAUCCAGACACGAUAUGGAAACUCACCCCUACUCAGAGUGGCUACCUUCCAGUAGCUGCAGGAAGGGGAGGGCCGUUCAAGAUUAACUGGGAAGUCCAUGGCUCUGGUCCGAUUAAGAUGAUUUGGAUCAUGGGAUUAGGAUCAGUAAAGACGGCGUGGCAAAGACAAACUAUGCAUUUCGGACAUGAAAAUGGAGAAAAGUACUCUUCUCUCGUAUUCGAUAAUCGAGGAAUGGGCAAAUCCGACAAGCCAUUAAUGAGGUACUCCACAAGUGAAAUGGCAAAAGACCUCAUCGAGAUCAUAGACCAUCUCGGCUGGACCGCUGAGCGCGAGCUACACGUAUCAGGCGUAUCAAUGGGCGGCAUGAUCGCCCAAGAACUCGCCUACCUAAUCCCCGAACGAAUCGCCUCUCUAAAUCUCAUCUCCACCGCCGCCGCCAUCGAAAACACCACCACUUUCCUCGAGAACAUGAAAACCCGCGUGAGCAUGUUCCUCCCCAAAUCCCUCGACCGCUCCGUCACCGACGCCGCCCGAAUGCUGUUCUCCGACGCCUGGCUCGCUCGCCCCGACGAUACCAUCGUCCCCACCUCCUCAACGCCCAACGUGGUCCUCCCGCCCUCCGGCAAAUACUCCAUGUUCACAUCGAACUACGAGCGUUUCGCCGCACAGGAACUCUCAAAACGGCUGGAUCUCGAGGGGUUCCAGAAGAAGGGGUUCAUGAUGCAAGCCGUAGCAGCAGGAUGGCAUCGCAAGAGCGCGGGGCAGUUGAAGGAGAUUGGGGAUAAGGUGGGGAGGGAGCGGAUUAUGGUUUUGCAUGGGACGGGGGAUAAUAUGAUUAGUGUGCCGCAUGGAAGGAAGUUGAUUGAGAUGUUGAAGCCGGGGACGGCGGUUAUCAGGGAGGGGACGGGGCAUGUUUUUAUGUUGGAGGAGUGGCAGUUUCAUAAUGAGAUGAUUGAGGGGAUGGUUGAGAAGGGGGAGAAGGGGAAGUGAGUAGGUGUGUUUGAGUAGUGGAAAUAAUAGAUGGUGGGAUGGGCGUAUUGUGUUGUUUUCGGUACAUGAAAUGCAUAAUUGAUUUUCUGUUCAUGGAGAUGCUUUUAUAAAGUCGGCUUCACUUACUGCAAUGUAUUUUCUACUUUCUGUAAUUCUGACUUGCAAGAUGUUGGGACCCGGAUCAAGGAUUAUGCC